GGGCGGCGGCGUCCAGCAAGCGGACGGCCUGCUGGGCAGGCUGGGGGCCGAGCAGCGCGCGGGUGAGGCGGAGAGAGACGGCCGAGGAGCAACCACGCGACAGAAAAGUUGCAAGACCUAGUACAAGGAACAUCCAGAUUCACCAGUUGUUGGUGUAUGCGCUUGUUCAAACUUACUGAGCUGACUACUUAAGAUCUGGGCAUUUUACAGUUUUCUAACUUAUAAAAGACCAUGACUACUGAUGAAGGUGCCAAGAACAAUGGAGAAAACCCAGCAGCAGCUGUGGCUGAACGUGGAGAGGAUAUCACCUCUAAAAAAGAUAGAGGAGUAUUAAAGAUUGUCAAAAGAGUGGGGAAUAGUGAGGAAACACCAAUGAUUAGACACAAAGUUUAUGUCCAUUACAAAGGGAAAUUGUCAAAUGGAAAGAAGUUUGAUUCCAGUCAUGAUAGAAAUGAACCAUUUGUCUUUAAUCUUGGCAAAGGCCAAGUCAUCAAGGCAUGGGACAUUGGGGUGGCUACCAUGAAGAAAGGAGAGAUCUGCCAUUUACUCUGCAAACCAGAAUAUGCAUAUGGCUCAGCAGGCAGUCUCCCCAAAAUUCCCUCAAGUGCAACUCUCUUUUUUGAAAUUGAGCUCCUUGAUUUCAAAGGAGAGGAUUUAUUUGAAGAUGGAGGCAUUAUCCGAAGAAUCAAACAGAAAGGAGAAGGAUAUUCAAACCCAAACGAAGGAGCAACAGUUGAAAUCCACCUGGAAGGCUGCUAUGAUGGAAGGAUGUUUGAUUGCAGAGAUGUGGUAUUCAUUGUUGGGGAAGGAGAAGACCAUGACAUUCCAAUUGGAAUUGACAAAGCCCUGGAGAAAAUGCAACGGGAAGAACAAUGUAUUUUAUAUCUUGGACCACGAUAUGGUUUUGGAGAGGCAGGGAAGCCUAAGUUUGGCAUUGAAACUAAUGCUGAGCUUAUAUAUGAAGUGACACUUAAGAGCUUCGAAAAGGCCAAAGAAUCCUGGGAGAUGGACACCAAAGAAAAAUUGGAGCAGGCUGCCAUUGUUAAAGAGAAGGGAACUGUGUACCUCAAGGGAGGCAAGUACAUGCAGGCAGUGAUUCAAUAUGGGAAGAUCGUAUCCUGGUUAGAGAUGGAAUAUGGCUUAUCAGAAAAGGAGUCUAAGGCUUCUGAGUCGUUUCUGCUUGCUGCCUUCCUGAACCUGGCCAUGUGCUCCCUGAAGCUUAGAGAGUACACCAAAGCUGUGGAAUGCUGUGAUAAGGCCCUUGGACUAGACAGUGCCAAUGAGAAGGGCUUGUACAGGAGGGGGGAAGCCCAGCUGCUCAUGAACGAGUUUGAGUCGGCCAAGGGCGACUUUGAGAAAGUGCUGGAAGUUAAUCCCCAGAGUAAGGCUGCAUGACUGCAGAUCUCCAUGUGCCAGAAAAAGGCUAAGGAGCACAACGAGCGGGAUCGCAGGAUAUACGCCAACAUGCUCAAGAAGUUUGCAGAGCAGGAUGCAAAGGAAGAGGCCAGGAAAGCCAUGGGCAAGAAGACUUCAGAAGGGGUCACCAAUGAGAAAGAAACAGAAGGUCAAGUGAUGGAAGAAAAAGCCGGAGGCCACGUAUGACCCCACGCAAAGGAGGGAAGAGCCCUGAUGAACCUGGCCCCUCCUUCACGGGCUUUCACCCAACUCAGGACUAACCAGUGUUUAAUGUCAAGUUUGCUAGAGUCUGUGUGAGUCUGGAAGCAAAUGGCAAAACCAGUAGCUUCCCAGAAAACAGCCACCCUGCUGCUGCCCAGCGCUCUCCUUGAGGGGGUGGCGUGGGACCCCUCCAGGUGGGACAAAACAGAAAUGACU